GGGGGACAUCCCCCCCCCCCCGGAUCUGGGACCCCCAUGCUGUGAUUUAUGGCCCCCCUCCCCUGAAUAAGGACCAGGGGCACCCAUGGCAGUGGGGGCACCCACAAUGGGGCCCUGUCCGGGUGUGGGUCCCCCCCUUUUGUGCUAUGGGGACCCCCCCCCCAACCAUGGAGUCCCGGCCCCGUUCCACGUUGUGCCCCCCCCCCCCCCAAUAAAGCGUGCUCUGAGCUGCCCUCUGCAGCUGUCAAUCUGUUCCUCUCACUCAUGAUUGGGUGACGGGCGGGGCGUGGGCGGGGCGAAAGCAUUAGUGAUUGGUUGGCGUGCGGAUCACUCAACGCGAAGUCGCUUCUAAUUGGCUGCGGGUGGAGGGGGUGGGAUAAGCUUGACCCACACUCCCAUCUGUGAUUGGCUGUUGCUCUUGCCAGUACGCCUCCAGGUGGCGCUGAUUGGCCGGGGUUGGUUCUUCCGCCGGAAGCGGCGCGGGAGGGAAGAGGGAGGAGGCGGCGGAGCCGGAGCGGCCGCAACCAUGAACAUCCGGAACGCGAGGCCCGAGGACCUGAUGAACAUGCAGCACUGCAACCUGCUCUGCCUGCCCGAGAACUACCAGAUGAAGUAUUACUUCUACCAUGGGCUCUCCUGGCCUCAGCUCUCCUACAUCGCUGAGGAUGAGAACGGCAAGAUAGUGGGCUAUGUCCUGGCUAAGAUGGAGGAGGACCCUGAUGAUGUCCCCCAUGGACACAUCACAUCCCUGGCCGUGAAGCGCUCGCACCGGCGCCUGGGGCUGGCGCAGAAGCUGAUGGACCAGGCCUCCCGCGCCAUGAUCGAGAACUUCAACGCCAAAUACGUGUCCCUCCACGUGCGCAAGAGCAACCGGGCGGCUCUGCACCUGUAUUCCAACACCCUCAACUUCCAGAUCAGUGAAGUGGAGCCUAAAUACUAUGCAGAUGGGGAGGACGCCUAUGCCAUGAAGAGGGACCUCACCCAAAUGGCAGAUGAGCUGCGGAAGCAGGUAGAGCAGAAAGAACGUGGCCGCCCCCUGCCUCCCACUGAGCCCCCCCGGGCUGGGGAAGGGGGUUGUGGUAGCGGAGGGGGGGGCCCCCCACAACCUGUGCCCCCCCCUCCUGAAGAUGGGGGCCCCGACAGCAAAGACGUCAGCGAGGUCAGUGAGACCACUGAGAGCACUGACGUCAAAGACAGCUCCGAGGCCUCGGACUCUGCUUCAUAGGGACCCCCCCCGGGGCACCCCCAAACCCUGGGAUCCCCCCUUGGUGCUGGGGGGGGGGGCAAUAAACCCCCUUCCCCUCCA